AAAUUGUCUUACCCUUCUCUUCCCAGUAGCAAAGCAGCUAAUCAUUUUGGACUUCACCCAGCGGUGAGAGAGAUGGGAGGGGGAAUGGAGUACAACAAGAACCGGUGGAUAGAGGAAUGGGGAGCGGCUAGGGAGAACCUUGAGCACAACUUCCGAUGGACUCGUCGGAACCUCGCUAUCGUCGGUAUCUUCGGUAUUGCUGUCCCUGUCUUGAUUUACAAGGGAAUCGUCAAAGAGUUCGUAAGUCCCUUUUUCCUUUUUCAUUUGGAUCUGCUUUUGUACUAUUGGUUUCUAUUGUAUUAUGCUUUUUUAUUGUGAUAUUCCUUUUUUUUGGUUUUGAUUCAGAUUCUAAAUUUGAUUAUUGAAUAAUUUGUAAAAAAAUAAUCUUUUCGCUAGAGAAAUAUGUGGGCACAAGUAAGAAAGUGUACUUUAUCUUGGCCUGUUUGGUUUGAAUUAUUUAGGAAUUUGAUUAUUAGAUAAAUGGUUAAAAUAUAAUCAAAUUCAAUGAAAUGAUGGUUUUAUUUGCUCAAUAUCUUUUGGACAGUAAUAAGACACUAAUUCUGAUUGUGAUAAAAGAUAUGUUUAAACCAUGUAAAUUGAUCCAAACCAAAAAUGCCCAUAUAGUAACCAAACAUUCUGGUGACAAUUUUGAACUUUUAGUAUGUCUAGAACAUAGAGGCUGCAGAUGAAUAUGUAAUAUACUUGGAGAUUUUGGUCUACAUUCUAUGUCAUUUUCACUUUAAGAGAUAUGUUUGUUAUGAUAAGCUAACAGUGUAGAUCAGAAUGCAACAGUGCUAAAAUUCUGCUUGAGUGAUUGACUGCCUUUCGGCGGUUUUUUCUCUUCAUGCACAGUUGAUUUAAUAAUGUUGCUCUGGAGGGUUUACUCUUGUGUCAUUCACUUUAUCUAUAUUAUUAUCGGCUUACUGCCUAUAUGCCUGUCGUAAAGAUAAGAUGCCUUUACGUGUCUGCAUUUGCAUGACAUUAGGGUCAUGAAGACCAAUAUGUUCCUCCUAUGAUUGGCAGUGAACCUGGAAUUUAAUGCAGACUGUGCUUAUAUGCACUACAGAAGAAACCUGGAACCUAGAAGACACUGUAAAAGAGUUCUAAAACGUGGACACUGAAAGUAUCUUUCAAUGACCAAAUGCCCAUUUUCAUUUUUUUAUAAUCUAGCUAAGCAUACACAGUUAACUGAUCAUAGUUUUACACUUUGACAAGUGAAGGAACAUGUUAAAGAAUUAAGUGGUGUAAAUAUUUAUGUGAUAUUUGAGUGUUACGUAGCAAUCCGGACACCACCUAAUUAGCCAUACGUACCUGAAGAAUGGGCUGUGAACCAAUGUUUUCUCACUUAUAUAAGUAAAAAUUGGAAAGCUAAAGAUGUAAUAGUGGUCAUUUCAUCCUCUUCUUUUCACUUCUAUCUAACUUUAAGAUUGACCGAAGUUUCAAGUGUUCUAAUUGUUUGACAUAAAAGAAACUCUUAGUGAUUUCAGAUUGGAAAGAGUGGACACCACUCUAUUCCCAAUCUGAAAGCACUCCAUUGUCUUCAUCUUUUUUUUUUUUUUUCCGAUAAAAUUUCUUGUGUUGAAUGUCACGAGAACUAGUUGCUUGAAAAACUUAUCUGAAAAAGAGAAAUAGCUGAUUCAAAGGUGCUUGUUAAUUAUCUUUGGAUAAGAAGGCUUGUUACGAAUUAAGUUGUAAGAUAUUAAGAUGAAUAUGGACUAGGAAAAAGACCAAAAAUGUUGGGAGGAAUAAAACAACAAAAACUUUAACUAAGUAGAUAUAAAUACCGGAAAUAUCUUAGUUACAACUUACAAGAUAAGUUCAGAAAUGACCAACCAAAACUAGUUUGAUAGACACACUUUUGAUAGAAAGUUGAAAGGAUGGAGUAGAUGGCAAACUGGAUGAGGGAUCAAAUGAAUAUGGGGCAAGAGCGCAGUGUACUGACAAGGGGGAGGUUGAGCAUGAUGAAUUUUUGUGGUGGUUGAUAUGGGAAGUUGUGUGAAACAGUAGUCUUCAGAUUAGCAUGAUCAUUGUUUCGAAGAGGCCUUGCUUUGCAGCACAUCUCCAAAAUUGAAAAAUAGAAAAGGAUCUGGACGGCGUAGGGGCUGAGGGUGUAGGAGUGAGUGGGCUUUCAUCAUUGCUAAAAAAGAGGGUGAAUUGGCAGGAGAAGGAAAAAAAAAGGUCUUCAAGUGAAAACACAAUCUUUUGAGAAAGGAUUAGGCCUUAUCUCCAGAAUUCUUUCAAACACUUGGAAAGAAAAACAAUUACCAAAGAUUUUUGUGCCUACCGUAUAUUACCAUAUUCCUCUUGUUUUUUCGAAUUUGGGAAACAAAAUGUAUAUGAAUGGUUUCUAUGUACAAUCUAAUCUGUAAUUUACUAAUAGUAGAAAGCAAAUCUAAGCUAAAUGAUCAAAAAUGUGCUGUAGAAAUAUAGUAAUAAGAGUAAUAAUAAUAAAGUUUCUUAGGUGCAUCGUUGUAUGCCAUGAGUAGACAAGAACCAGAGUUUUGAUGUGGUUGCACGAUGACGCUAAAAGAGACAACCCAACUGAAACAUUCUAACAAUCAACUAUACCUCAGUCCUUCGCAUAGUUGGGGCCAAUAAUAGGAAUCCUUUGUAAUCUUUCUCUUUGUGGAUUCUCUACUUAUUGGUAUACCAUUUUGUAAAAGAAACAACUGUACAGUCUAGUAGUUAAUUUAAUACUGUGUAGUUAGUUAGUUAGUGAAUAGUAUAAAUAGAAGUUAGCUAUGUGUACAGUAGCUGAGAGAAUAAGUUGGAACGGUUUUUCUUCCAAUACAGAGAAUAAAGCUCUCAUUUCUUCUUCACCGACUUUCUUCUUCUUCUUCCGCCAUGGCUGCGUAGCUCAACAUGGUAUCAGAGCCUCAAGGCUAGAUCGAGUAACUCAGCAGCUUCAGGAGAGGAAGAUCGCUGGUUAAUAGCUUCCUUUCUCUGUUCCUUUCAAUUUUUCAGCAAUUUCCUUGAAGUUAGGGUUCGCUUGAUUAGUGUCGAUUUCUGUUGAAUUUGAGUCAUUUGCGAACUAAAUCAUCUCAUUUAUGGGAGAGCAAUACGAUCUAUACUGUCUACAAUGGCAAUCGAUGAUGGAAUCUCGACUUCAACUCCUCCUAUGGCGACUGCAACUCAGGCUCAAGCACUACUUCCUCCAGAUCUGGUACAUCAUAAUCAUCCUCUGUAUAUUCAUCCUUCAGAUACUCAAGGAUCUGUUCUUAUCUCAAUUCAACUUCAAGGUUCUGAAAAUUACUUAAUUUGGGGUCGGUCAAUGAAGAUUGUUUUACAUGGUAAAAACAAACUAGGUUUUGUUUUAGGAACCUGUAGAAGAGAAAUGUAUGAAUCUACCUUACAUGAACUUUGGGACAGAUGCAACGCUAUUGUUCUAGCUUGGAUAAUGAACUCAGUAUCUCCUAGUUUAAUUAGUAUUGUGAUUUAUGCAUCUGAUGCUCAUAAGGUGUGGGAAGAUCUCAAAGAGAGGUUUGAUAAAGUGAAUGCCUCUAGAGCUUGUUAUUUACAUAAAGAGAUUGCUGCAUUAACUCAAGGCAUAUCUUCUAUAUCUGUGUAUUUUUCGAAACUUAGGGAAUUGUUGGAUGAGUAUGAAACUCUAGCCCCUCCUCCUUCGUGUGAAUGUCCAGAGUCUGUCAACAUUAUCAAUUGCAAAAGCUAUAUAAGUUCUUAACAUGACUGAAUGAUUCCUAUGAGAAUGCCAAGGAUCAGAUUCUUAUGACAAGGCCUUUACCAAACAUAAACCAAGCAUAUGCUAGGCGUAAUAGUUUCCUGGCCACUUAAACUUGUAGGGCUUUUGAAAGUCGAUACACGAACUUUGAAUAUUUCCAUUUGAACACUCCAACUUGACAAAAUGAGUACUAAUAAAAACAUUCAUCAGAGCGUGUAUAUCAAUUGCGCUGACAUGUACAACACAUCAUGCUAAGCUAUUUAUUAUUUGCCAUGUAUUAUUUGUGGGUCCCAUUUUUAAAUACAAAAUCAGAAAAAAAAAGUUACAAAUACAAAAAAGGAACGUGAAGAGAGAUCUGCAUCGGCGCCACAACAGCAGCAGAAGUGACGAUGGAGGCAGCGAAAACCGUGAAAGAUGUUUCCCCUCACGAAUUUGUGAAGGCUGAUGCCGCUCACCUCAAGCGUUCCGGCAAGAUGGAGCUUCCCGAGUGGACUGAUCUCGUCAAGACUGGUAAACUCAAAGAGCUUGCUCCAUAUGACCCUGAUUGGUACUAUAUUAGAGUUGCUUCUAUGGCAUGGAAGAUCUAUUUGAGGGGUGGUAUUGGUGUUGGUGGAUUC